AUGUUAGAUAAGAAAGCCGACAAAACUUAUGUAGAUGAAAAUUAUGCAAAGAAGUCGGAAGUAAAUGCUGCGCUUAAUGGAAAAGCCGACAAGAACCAUACACAUGAAGAAUUUCAAACAAUCAAGAUUAAAGAAAUUAAAGCAUGCAUCGAAAUAGUAACAAAAACAGGAAGAAACGGUGCAACUGUACAAGAACAAAGAAUUUAUCCUCCUACUUUUCCUAACGGUUUAAUAACAAACAAUAUAAAUAUUGAAGAUGGCAAUAAAGUUAUAAACGUUAAACAUGAACUUCAAACAAUGAAGGCUCAGAUUCUUCAAACAUUAUAUCCUGUUGGUUCUAUUUAUACGUCAAUGAACUCAACAAAUCCAGAAACAGUUUUAGGUUUUGGUACGUGGAAGCAGAUUGUAGAUAAAUUCUUAUACUGUGCUAGAUAUUCAAAGCAAACAGGAGGUUCGAAGAAAAUUAAAGAAGCAAACCUUCCACCGCACACUCAUACAGGAACUACAAACACAACAGGUAGUCAUUCACAUUCAAUAACAAAAAGAGGUUAUACAAAUCUUGCAGCAGGUUCGGAUAGACAGGGAAUGCAUAGAUAUGAUAUUUCAAGUGACCCAGUAGAUUCAAGCGCAGGUAUUUUCUGUGGAACCGCAGGAAAUCAUUCACACACUUUCACAACAAAUCCAACAGGCUCGGGUGCAGAUUAUAUGCCACCCUUUGUGACUAUAUUCGCAUGGUACCGCGUUCAAUGA